UUAAAAAAACCUCUCAAUGAACAAAAUUAUCCAAUAGAAAAACGACGUCGUUGGGGCUCAUCGAUAAAGAAAAGCAGGAAAGUAAGUUCAUCUCAAUUCCUCCCUCUUACCACAAUCUUGUUUCACACAAAAAUGGUGGCAGCUGCAAUUUCAACUUACUUCACUUGUUCUCCAAUUACUUCACAAACCACCAAAACCCUACAAUUCCCAUUACUCUCUCAAAGGAAAUCGAAUAAAUCGAUUGUCUCUGUAUUAUCCAAUCCCUCCAAUGAAUAUUCUUCCGUUGCUGGAUUAUCAAGUAAAAGCAUAGGUUUCUCUUCAAGGCUUAACGAGUCAGGUCUAUACAAUACCAGUUUAAGCAAUGGGCCUAUAGAAGCCAAAAAGGGCAAUCCGCCUAUAAUGCCUGCCGUAAUGACACCUGGAGGGCCAUUGGACCUUUCUAGCGUAUUGUUCAGAAACCGGAUAAUAUUCAUUGGCCAACCAGUAAACUCUCAGGUGGCUCAGCGUGUUAUUUCCCAACUUGUAACUUUGGCAGCCAUUGAUGAUAAAUCUGAUAUACUGAUUUAUCUAAACUGCCCUGGUGGAAGCACAUAUUCCGUUUUAGCAAUUUAUGACUGCAUGUCUUGGAUAAAGCCAAAAGUCGGGACAGUUUGUUUCGGUGUUGCGGCAAGUCAAGGUGCGCUUCUCCUAGCUGGUGGAGAAAAGGGGAUGCGCUAUGCAAUGCCAAAUUCACGCGUAAUGAUCCAUCAGCCACAGAGUGGAUGUGGAGGUCACGUUGAGGACGUUAGGCGCCAAGUGAAUGAAGCAGUUCAAUCUCGCUAUAAAAUUGACAAAAUGUACGCUGCAUUCACUGGUCAACCGCUUGAGAAAGUACAGCAAUACACAGAGAGAGAUCGUUUCUUAUCAGUGACGGAGGCAAUGGAGUUCGGUCUCAUAGACGGCAUUUUGGAAACCGAGUAUUGAUAAUCUUGUUUUUAAUGCAUUUGGGAUUGUGUUACAUAUUUCUUGUAGCUGUGUUGUAUGGGUUCAGUAGCAUUGUGAACAACUUCUGACACUAAUUUUGAAGGGAGUCCUGGACAUUGUAUUUGUACAUUUUAAAUAGGAAUUAUAUUCAAUUUUACUCCA